GGAACAGCAGGGUUCUGAAGAUGCUCUACAAGCUGCAGGACGAUUCGGGGCGGCGCCGCGGCGACGCCAACAUCUGCUCCGACUUUGACGACUUCGACUUUUUGGCAAAGUUCUGCAUCUUCGGUCCGGACAAGCUGGAAGAAUACAAGAACGCUUUUCAAGCCGAGGACACCGACGAGGACGGUUACAUCUCCUGCAUCCAAGUUGUGGACGCCCUGAAAAGCAUCGUCCCUGCUGAGCUGCUGUCAGACCAGGAGGAGAUCUACGUCUACCGGAUCCUGGCCCUGGUGGACUUCAGGGUGACAGAUGGCCUGGUGGACCUGAGGCUCUUUGCUGUGAUCGCCAGCCUGGCGCAGAAGAUCGCCGCCAUGGAUGACUUCAUGAGGUCCUUGGUCACCAAAAUGGACUUCCGCUCGCUGGAAGUACGACUCUUCAAGGUCAAGCAACUCUUCCUCUUCCUGCUGGAGGAGCAGCGAGGCGACGAGGGAUCUCUGCGGGGCUUCAUCAGCGCCGAGCAGCUUCUCCUGGAGCUGAAGGCCGGCGGGAUCCACCUGGAGAAGGAGGCCGCCAUCACGCAGAAGCUCCAGAACCUUCCCCCCUUGGACCUGCUGGACUUCCUGGCCUACCUGCCGCUCUUCAUGCUCAUUCACAAGUCUGUCGUGGCCAACCCGCUCCACGACUCGGGACUAGUCUGAGCUCCGCUCCUGGUCCUGGUCUUGGGAAGGAACGUUUGUCUUAUUUUUCAACGCAAAUGUUGACAGGUAUGCAUUGGGGCGAUACCGUUGGACUCUCGUGACCUCAUCCCAGGCGAGGACAGAUUCCCCCAUCUAUUUUCACCCCAGCGUCUGUUUUUUGGGCGGGAAUUGUGACGCUGACUCGCGUGUCAGGAGGCACACGCCACCCGCCGACUCACACACGCCCGCCCUCACCUGUCAAACUUAGUUUUGGCAGAAAGACAAGUAAUACCCCCCCAGCCCCUCCCCGCCUCAUCCUCCCAGCCUCUUGACCCCCCCUCUGUGGACCCCACUGGUGAUCUUUCUCCUUGUUUUGGUGGAUUAGAAGAAGAAGAAGAGGACAAAAACAUUGCAAAGCGGCGCUUUAGGCUCAACCUGCGCUCACUUUUUUGGGGU